AUGGGAAUCCGUGCAGCCCUAGAACGCAAGAUUAAAGUGCUAGAGGUGUAUGGAGAUUUUGCGUUAGUGAUUUAUCAACUCAAGGGAGAAUGGGAGACCAGAGAUCCCAUGUUGAUCGAUUAUCGAAAAUUGGUCCUUGAAUUGGUUAAAGAGUUCGAUGGCAUUACCUUUCGCUACCUUCUACGGGACGAAAAUCAGAUGGCCGAUGCUUUGGCCACCUUAGCUUCCAUGAUCAAGGCGAACAAACAAGAAGAUGUCAAACCCAUCCGGAUGAGCAUUUAUGAAACUCCGGCUUAUUGUUACAAUAUUGAAGAAGACAAAGAAAAAGAUGAUCACCUUUGGUAUCACGAUAUAUUGCAAUACGUGAGGAAUCGUGAGUACCCGGACUAG